AUGGCAUUUCUCGCAGAACUGGGGGCCUUGACGGAUGACCUUCUCGCGGCUGUUAGUGGUUCCAGCUCGAAUGUAUGGCCUCGACGUGAGGCUGCCUUUCGCACUUUGCGCAACAACAACUUCCCUCGCACCAACCAAUUCGAGGUAGCCGAGCGCUUGAGCGGACUUGAAGAGCGCUUCUCGGUCGUCGGCCGAGAUGGCCUCGCAGAAGCCCUCCGUACGAGACUAGCCGCCCUGGAACCUCACCGCAACCAGUACACGCCAGAAGUCUUGCACCUCCUGCUCGAACUCGCCGACCAGCCGGCGCUCAACUCGAAGCUGAGCGACUUAGACGCCCUGAUUGCACCGGAGGAGGAUGCCCCACCGCCGCUGACCUGGCGCGAUGUUGCCCGCGAGGACGGGUGGAAGCAGGAGCGGGACAUUUGGCGGUUUGUCGACUAUUCCCCAGGAUCGAGUGAUGAGGAUGAGGUGGAUGGGCGGUCGGACGCGUCGGCCGACUCCCUCACCACUGCCUCUUCGGUGGGGGAUCGGAGCCAACGCAUCGUGCUGGACAUGGCGACUGAGUCUCACGAGGGUGAGGCGCUACUAAACAAGAUCAAAGAUGCUCAGGCUUGGAGACAUGCUUCUGCCGUUGGUGGGGAUGGGCGACCGAAAAAGAUCUCCAUCACCACACUCCAACUGCUCCGGGAGGCCCUCUUUAUGUUAGCGGGGCUGGAAACGAGCCUGUUCGAUUCUAAAUGCAAUCUCGUCACCAAAUAUCAGCUUCCAGGGAUCUCUUGGGAUUCCUACAAGGCGCUCACCACAGCGUUCUCUGAGUGUGGUCGAAAACUCGCCCCGCUUCGAGCCUUCGUCAAGACCAAGGAACAGGUGCCGCUGCUACAGGUUUUUCAAGAUUGUAUCCAGAGAGCACUACUCUCCUUGGACACUGAGCUAUCCGCAAUCCAAAAUCGACUUGUUGGGGUCCAGAAAGACGUUGUCAUCAGCCUCAUUGGGGUGCUCAGCGAGCUUAAUCCCACAUUGGCCCCUCUGUAUGCGCUGGCCGAUAUCGUGCGUCAAAUCCGCGAGGAGCGGAACCCCCAUGCCUUCCGGUACCUGGAGCUUCUUUACGAUGCCGUGGGGAUAGCCCAAGUACAGGGCAACCGACCGACGUAUCGACUCCUCGGGACGAUAUUCUUUGACUGUUUUCGGGUCUACCUCAAGCCGAUCCGGUUGUGGAUCGAAGAAGGGAAGAUACUCCCCGGUGACCGGACGUUCUUCGUCUCCGAGUCGCCGACAAAACUCCCGCUGCCCCGGAUCUGGCGAGGCCAGUUUAAGCUGCUGCGCACUCCCGAGGGCAACCUCCACGCGCCUCGCUUCCUGAACCCGUCCAUCCAACGCAUUUUUACAGCGGGGAAGAGUAUCGUUGUGCUCAAGCACAUGAAGCAGCACGCGUCAACUCAACAGUACCGAGACACUAUCGAGCCUCCGAUGGACUUUGCGACAGUUUGCUCCGAUGAGCUCGAACUUGCCCCGUUUAGUGAGCUAUUCGCUGCCGCUUUUCAAGGAUGGUUCGAGAGCAAGCACCACACCGCGGCAGCCACCCUCCGCGAGCUUCUCUUCAGUUCUUACGGGCUUUCACAGAGUUUGACCGACCUGCAACACCUUUACUUAAUGUCGGACGGUGCAAGGUCGAGCCGCUUCGCCACAUCCAUCUUUCGGCAUCUAGACAGCUUCAGCAGCAGCUGGCGCGACCGGUUCACGCUGACCGAGCUCGCCCAGGAAGCCUUUGCACCCUGCGUUGAUAGCCACCGGCUCUCUGCCGACAUCGAUCCACGGAGCACCACCCAUGGCGCCAUGGCCUCGCGCUCGUCUGUCCGUUACAGCCUCCCCGCUAUCCGCCUCCACUACCGCCUGAGCUGGCCGGUGCAGAUCGUCAUCCCGGAAGAGGCCAUCCAGGGCUAUCAAGCCUUGUUUACGUUUCAGUUCCAGGCUCGCCGCGCCCUCUCUUUACUCCAACGACCCCUACAACUCGCCUCUCGUCAUCGACAGCGUCAGGGCAUGGAGCGCUACUACCUCCUCCGCGCCAAACUCCUCUGGUUCACCAACACCAUUACCACCUACCUUACCACGCUAGUUCUCGCGCCCAACAUCGCUAAGCUACGUACAAAACUAUACAGCACCACCGACACCACCACAGACACCCCCACCAACACCAAUACCACCCCCCCCAAAAUCACCCUCAGCGUCGACGACAUGAUCGGCGCCCACGCCACCUUUGUCGGCCGCGUGGCCGACGAAUCCUGCCUCACCCCCAAACUCAAACCCAUCCGUGACGGCGUGCUCGACAUCUUCGACCUCGCCAUCCGUCUCGAAGACGCCCAGCGCGCGGAAAACGCCAAAGUUGACGACGACGAGAUGGAAGUAUCCCGACUCUCGUUUUAUGGGAGGGCAUCCAUGUCGUCUGUCGCUACGAGGGGUAGCGGGAUGCGGAGAGCGAAGAGGAGGAGGUUAGGCGUUGAUGGCGGUGGGGAAGACGAAUCUUACAAUGACGGUGAUGAUGAUGACGACGACGGGGAGGAUGAGGAAGAAGAGGAAGGGAGUGGACUGGGGGAGUGGAUGAUGAGGAAGGGGAAGGCGGGGGGUGAUGGGAAGCCGUAUGCGACAGUGUUGAGGGAGAUAGAGGGGGAUUUUGAACGGCAUUUGAGGUUUGUGGCGAGUGGGUUGAGGAGUGUGGCGAGGGCGAGUAAGGAAGAGGCUGCGGGGAAGUGGGAUUUGUUGGCGGAGAUGUUGGAGGUGGGGAUUCAGGAGCAGCAGUAG